AUGAUGAUCAGCGAAAUAAAGCGAAUGACUGAUAAACUUUUUCAAGUUCUACCUUAGAACUUUGGGAUAAAGGGAAUUUAUAGAAACAAGGAUCUAAAAACAAUGAUACUUAAAUAGAAAAAUCAAAUAGAGGACUUCCUCUUUUUACUAAACCAGACUAAAAAGGCCAAAGAAGAAAUAAUGGAUAGGGUAAAGUUAGUGGAGGGCAUUGACAAUCUUAAACCUGAAAUCACCAAGAAAAUUUAAGAAUAGGCAAGCAUUUUAAAUACACAGCUCUUUAGUUAGCCAAUUGUUAAGGAAAUGAUACCUGUAGGUCCAGUUGCAGAUGAAAGCAUAGAAAGAAAAAGAAUAUCUAUCAUUGAACCUAUUCAACAGCAAUUUUGGAAUUUUGAAUACAAGCAAAAUAUUUUGGGAGAUGAUCCCAAAGUUACUCCUUCAUUCGUUAAUUACUCAAUAUUUCAUCCUUCAAUGACUCCACCUGAUGUUAUAAAAACUACUGAAUAUCAUGAGAUUAUCAGAAAAGACAAUUAAUAAAAUUACUUAAAAAGUUUACAAACCACUUUUAAUUUGGAGGAGCCAAUCAGCGCCUACAGAAUUCCAAAGUUUGACGAUAACUAUAUGAAAUAAGUCCAAAAUGAUAGAUCCCUUAUUAUAUUGGUGGGAGACACUGGAGUAGGAAAGACUCAUUUGCUCUCUAAAUACAUCAAAGGUUCCUUGCCCAAGAAUAAAUUCCCCACUAUUGGAGUAGAAUUCGCAACCAAACCAGUACCGUUGAAAACAGGAGGCACUGUCAAAGCAUAAAUAUGGGAUACAGCCGGUCAAGAACGUUUCAAAGCCAUAACCAGCGCGCAUUAUCGUAAGUCACUGGGAGCACUGAUUGUUUAUGAUAUCACGAAGGAGUAGUCAUUCUUGAGCGUCAAAAAGUGGAUGGAAGAAGUAAAGGAGCAUGCCGAGCCUGAUAUUGUGAUCAUGCUUGUUGGAAAUAAGCUAGACAUUUGUGAGAAGACCCCAAGUGAGAGAAAAGUCUCAAGUGAAAGAGCUGAUGAUUUCGCCAAAGAAAAUAAUAUUCAUUUCAGAGAAACCAGUGCCUACACUGAUCAUAAUGUGAGAGAUGUGUUUGAGGUGCUUGUGCAAGAAAUAUACAAUGUCAAAUCAAGAGAAGAUGUUGGCGCCAGGAAGAAUCAAGGAGGAAAGAGACUUGUGCAUUAAGAUCCUAGUUUAGAAGACAAAAAAUUAUGUGGAUGCAUGUGA